AUGACUAAAGAGUGCAGUGCUCUUAUCCAGAAAUACCUACCUACAAAGAAAAAGGACUCAGUGAGUUUCCACGUCCCUUAUGCUAUAGUGGAUACAAUGAUUGACAGAUGGUUUUGUGAUCUUGGAGCAAGUAUAAACUUAAUGCCCCUGUCUCUCAUGAGGAAGCUACAAAUUAAUGAGUUGAAACCCACAAACAUAACCCUUCAGUUGGCUGACAAGACCCAGAAACAAGCACUAGGAGUGGUUGACAAUGUGCUGGUGAAGGUAGGGAGGUAUUUCCUCCCUACAGACUUUGUUGUUCUUGAGAUGGAAGAAAGCUAUCUUCAUCCAAUUAUUUUGGGGAGACCAUUCUUAGCCACAACCAAAGCACUCAUAGAUGUUGAGAAGGGGGAGUUAAUAUUGAGAAUACAUGAUAAACAACUCACCUUUCAUGUCUUCAAACCAUGA